GACACAAAGAUGAUGUUUCAACUGCAUGCAUUUAUUACCUGAUCUUCAAGUUCCCUAUAAAUACCAUAUGGCAGUGGUUGAAUGAAGAACAAGAAGCUUUUUGCUAGUCUUUUAUUGGUUCCUUUCUUUCUGUUUCGAGUGAAAGAUGGGGAAGUUUUCAAAGAAUGUUGGAGUAGUGUUUGCUUUAACUGUGUUGGUGGCUUUGCUGGUGGUGGGUACAAGUGAAGGACGACGACUUGAGGAAGAGAUCAUUGGUCGUGAUGGUCUAGGUAGUGGCAUUGGAGGUGGUGGAGGUGCAGGUGGAGGAUUUGGCAAGGGUGGUGGAGUCGGAGGAGGUGGUGGUGUUGGGGGUGGUGAAGGUGGUGGCUUUGGAGGCGGCAAGGGUGGUGGUGUAGGCGGAGGUGCUGGAGGUGGAAAGGGUGGUGGCUUUGGCGGUGGUCAAGGUGGAGGUGGUGGCGUAGGUGGAGGUGCUGGAGGUGGAAAGGGUGGCGGCUUUGGCGGCGGUUCAGGGGGUGGUGCAGGUGGAGGUGGCGGUAUUGGGGGUGGUGCAGGCGGAGGUGUUGGAGGUGGAAAGGGAGGUGGCAUUGGCGGAGGUGUUGGAGGUGGUGCAGGUGGAGGUGGCGGUAUUGGCGGUGGUGCAGGUGGUGGAAAGGGUGGAGGUGGCGGCAUUGGGGGUGGUGAAGGAGGCGGUGUAGGCGGAGGUGUUGGAGGUGGAAAUGGUGGUGGUGGCGGUAUUGGGGGUGGUGAAGGAGGCGGUGUAGGGGGAGGUGUUGGAGGUGGAAAGGGUGGUGGUGCAGGAGGUGGUGUAGGAGGAGGUGUUGGAGGUGGAAAGGGUGGAGGUGGCGGUAUUGGGGGUGGUGAAGGAGGCGGUGUAGGUGGAGGUAUUGGAGGUGGAAAGGGUGGUGGUGCAGGUGGAGGUGGCGGUGUAGGCGGAGGUGCUGGAGGUGGAAAGGGUGGUGGCUUUGGCGGUGGUGUAGGUGGAGGUGUAGGCGGAGGUGCUGGAGGUGGACAUGGAGGUGGCUUUGGUAGUGGUGCAGGUGGAGGUGUUGGAGGGGGACAAGGUGGUGGCUUUGGCGGUGGGCAAGCUGGAGGUAUAGGUGGAGGCGGAGGUGCAGGUGGUGGUAUUGGAGGGGGUGGCGGUGGUGGGGGCUUUUAAAUCAAGUAGUGAAACCAACGAGGGCCAUGUGUAAGACGAAGAGGAACGUGCAUGGCUAUCAUUGGUAUCAAUUAAUGUUGUAACCGUACGUACCCAAGUCAACAAAUACCUAAUAAUGCAAUAAAGUUCGUAUUUUGAGCUAUAUGUCCCUAUGACUGUAAUAGUUGUGAUCAUUGGUAGCACAUGUUUUCUGUGUUUCUAUUUCCUUUUCAAAUAUAUAUAUUUUUUAUUUAUUA